GAGGGGUGUGCGACGGUAGCGGUUUCCACCGAGCUUUAUAUAAACGUAGCCCGACUUUGAAGCUCAGCCACUAGCUUUGAAUAUUCCGCCCGAGACGGACCCGUCGCGUUCAUCACUGGCCAGCUUCCUCUUCGGCGGAUCCCCGAGGGCGCAGCCGCACCGUUGAUCCUACUCUUUUCUCGUCAAUCAGAUUCCAUUCUUCUCCCUACUGCGGAGUGAAAUUUCCGUUCGCCAAAAAUUGACACCGGAAGUCAUCCAACGAUAAGACACAUGUCGUUGAAUCUGAGCGCCAAUCUGUCGAGCGACGUUUUCAUUUUCAAGGCACAAAACUAUAUUUUCGCGGCGACCGUGCUCAGUUUUAUCGGUUUUUUCGGUUUUGUCUUGAAUCUGCUGGUAGUGGUUACGGUCAUAAAGAACGCCAGUCAACUGUGGACGCCCAACAACGUGGUCCUCGUCAACUUGGUCGUUGGAGAUUUCUUAGUAGCUGCGCUGGGAAACCCUUUCGCACUGGCAUCGGCGAUCGCAGGUGUAUGGAUCUGGAGUCACGAAGUGUGCCUGUGGUACGCGUGGUUCAUGACUACCAUGGGAUUUGCUAGUAUCGGUAAUCUGACAGUGAUGGCAAUGGAGAGAUUCCUACUAGUCGCAUAUCCGAUGAAGACAUUAUCAAUAAGGCAUGCUUACAUAUUGGCGUUCUUGGUCUGGAUAUAUGCACUCUCCUUGUCGUUACCGCCAUUCUUCAAUUGGGGAGCUUACGGCCCGGAGGCAGGUAACAUAUCCUGCAGCGUAUCCUGGGAAAAACGCGAUCCUGAAACACACAACGACACUUACAUCGGAUUCUUAUUCGUUUUCGGAUUCUUCCUGCCUAUCAUAAUAAUCACGAGUAGUUACUGCGGCAUAAUAAAGACUUUGAACAACAUAGGAAAACUAAUUGGUGCGAGAAAUAGGCGGGAGAAGAAAGUCACUAGAAUGGUAUACUUAAUGAUUCUGGCUUUUUUAAUUGCUUGGUUGCCGUACGCCGUUCUUGCGCUCGCGACCCAGUAUUUCAAUGUGCAACCCUCCCAUACCGUUGCGUUGUUGCCAGCGCUUCUCGCCAAGUCCUCCAUCUGCUACAAUCCCAUAAUAUAUGCGAUUAUGACUGUCCAGUUCCCCAAAAUUUGGAAGAAAAUGUUUUCCAUCAAUCGAAACGUUAACAACAAGCAACAGUACGGAAACGAACUUGGAAGGAGAUAAAGGCGAGGA